AUCAUCAUUCAAUUGAUUACUUUUAACCAAUAGACUAAUAUACAUCCCCACAACUUAUAAUGAACGCUAUUAACUACGCUGUCUCUGCUGGUAACUCUGCCGUCAACUACGCUGGUGAUGCCUCUUCUGCUAUUGGUGGUGCCCGUUCUGCUGCUGGUUCUGCUGUUGGUGGUGCUCUUGGUUCUGCUACUUCUGGUGCCGGUGCUGCUCUCGGUUCCGCUACUUCUGGUGCCGGUGCUGCUCUUGGUUCUGCUACUUCUGGUGCUGCCGGUGCUCUUGGUUCUGCUACUUCUGGUGCUGCCGGUGCUAGUUCUGCUAUGGGUAGUUUAACUUCUGGUGUUGCUUCCGGUGCUUCUAAUGCUAGAUCUACUGCUACUUCUGGUGCUUUGAUUAACGUUUCUUCUGCUGUUUCUUCUGCCGCAGCCUCUGAAUCUGGUUCUGGUGGUGCUUCUGCCUCUGGUUCCGGUUCUUCCGCUUCGGGAUCUGGUUCUUCUGGUUCUUCUGGCUCCUCAGCCUCUGGCUCCUCAUCUUCUGGAUCUGGUUCCUCAUCUUCUGGUUCCGGUUCCGGUUCCUCUGGAUCUGGUUCCUCCUCCGAUUCAUCUUCUUCCUCCUCCUCCUCCUCAGGUGCUGCUGCCUUGGAAACCGGCUCUUGGAAGAAGGCUAUUGCCGUUGCUGGUGUCAUUGGUGCUUCCUUCAUCUUCAACCUUAUGUAAGGGUGAUGUAAUGCUAUCCUUUAAUGUCCUUUUUCAUUUCUUCACUUCGGCUUGCCUUUUAACUAACAUUUUUCCUUAAUGACCAAAAAAUAAACAAAUUUUUACAUAAAGAUUUUCUUUUGUAUUCAUAGGUUUUU